GCAGUAUUGUAACAUUGUAUUUUAACAUACGACCAUCUCAUGACCUGACUACUGUAAACCAGGGCGCAGCGAUCAAGUGGACUCCUGGUAACGAAGUGGGAUUUAACGGAGGAGGAGUGACUGUUGAGAGACGAUGAUCUGAGAACAGUUAAAUAAAUAGCCAGGAUGUGGACCUUGGUCACAAGUGAAGUAUCUGUUCAGCCGUCAUCGACGUUGAUUUUUUAAUGGAUGUACAGUGUAAUUCAUGCCCCCUGUUAAGAAAGGACCUACAUCAAUUACUUUAUGAAAGCCCACAUUGGGUCAUUGUCCGAUAACUUGAUCAUUCAGCCGUUGCUAUCCUUGGAUUUACCGUAGCUUCGACAAUAACAAUUAUCAGCAUCCUACACUGAACAGGUACGUGGGGACAACCCAUAAACUAAUCACUAGUAGUUCAUAGAGACUGCAUGUGUAUCUUCCAAAGGCUCGGUUUAAAUUUACUAAGUUAUGAUGCUACAUUGAUUUUCACCACCGCUCUGUACAUUCUGCGAGCAUGAACAGUGAGAUUGGAUUGAGUUACAUAUGUUGUAGAUUACAGUGUGGCUGACUUUUCUUUAGAUUGUUAUUGGUGUAUCAUAUUGAGGCCAUUAGAUGAUGAGUUGGAUUGAUUGAUUUAGAGCCACCGAUUUUUCCGUCAUCCCUGAUGGCUCACACCUGUCCAGUACAGAGUGUGCUUGAUAUGGAUGUACCCGUAUUAAUGCGGAUGUCAACUCUACCAAAGACCACCCAGCGCCGCAAGAUACCAGGCAGGCCUGUACGCACACUGGCACGGUCUGAGCCAUGCAUUGAAUCUUCAACCUGGAUGUCAUCUGAGGCGAUCCGACCCCCAGUGCUCACUGAAAGAAGAACCAAUGGUCAAAACUCUGUUGGGAACUCGGACACCAGAUCUGGUCGUUCUGUUCCACCCACAGCGAGCACAGAGGGGCAGAUUUUGGCUGUACAGCAGCAUCUUAUGUGGCUGGAGGAGAGAUUGAAGGAAUUACAGAAGAUUUCUGACUACAGAGAGUCAGGUAAAGGUGGUUGCACAGAAGAGAAGGCUUCUGGCUCUAACUACUACUGCAUUACUCAAGGAGUUGACUCAAACCCCGGCACCUCAAAUAACAACUCCCCGGUAGAUGGCAUCGACUCCACCGCUGCUAUGACCAUCGGAAAGGAAAAUGGAGCUCCUCUUUAUAGCAAACAAACCACACAGAAAAAGAGAGUGUCUCAGGGGGUUUGUACUGUGAAAAGCAUUCCUCCUAUGGUGAGAAUCGACUCCCUGGAUGCUCCUAAUAAUGUAUCCACCGUCCUGAUGGAUGAUAGAUACCAACCAUAUACAGAUCAUUCUUCAAAUCGUGCAUUUCAAAAUUUGGGUACCAACUCAUCCCUGUCCCGGUCACCGUCCCCUAGAGUUCACCUCAGGGGCUUAGAUCAGCUGGAUGCAACCAGCACACUUUCUGCUUCUACCUCCUCAAAUCUAUCCCCGCUCUCUCAAGAUGAACACAUGGCAGUUCGACCUGUAGGAUUUGCCCAGAGCAUCUCGAUCUUUGGACCGGAAGGAGGAAGCAUCGGGGAGGACAUUUGGGAGUUUGACGGCUGUGAUGAGAACGCCCACUCUACCACCACACCCACCCCAUCAGGAAUGGAUUCUCUAUGCUCCACGAAUGCUACCACACCAAACCAACCACCAGCUGCUUCCCCUUCUGCUUUCCACCUCGGCAUGCAAAGCUUGAAUGUGGAUAGCUGGAGUCUGGACCCAAGUAGUGGUGUGCCACCGAGCCCUGCUUUAUCCAAUGUAAGCAAUUGCGUUUUUGAAGGAGAUACAACCCAACGACCAGAUGGGGAUGGGUUUAAUCUGAAGAGGCUCAGUUCUCAGACCCCAACAGGAGGCACGCCCUCACCAAGAUCCUUAAAGCCAACAUUUUCCUUCACUUCCAGUAUAAUCUCCAAAGCUAAAGCACGCAUAGCAGGACGCGCAAUCAAAAAAGAUCAUCGUCUGCAAGAGGUGGGUAAUCGCAUAGCCACGACUGGACCUCAGAGUUUGUCUUCAAAUGACCCAGAAUUGGAUCUGGAUCUUAGAAAAAAACCCAGACAAAACCACAACCUCGGUCUGUUUCUUGCUUUAAAAAUUAAAAUAGCCUACAUUCACGAUUCCUGUUAUCCUGAAAUUUCCUUUCAUUAUUUUACUAAUUAAAGCCUGCUUAACAAUUUCACCCACCACUUUGCUUAACCUUCACCAUGUCUUGUUUUCACAUCACAUUUUCUUCUCAAUUUUGCACCAUUUCUUUCAUUUUCUU